AUGGGUUCAGAGCCAGGCUACAAGGUCGUGCACGAGGCCGGGAAGUCCAAGUUCGUCUGUUUGCCGUGCGGACGGUCGUACAGCAGGAAGCCGAACCUGAACCAACACCAACGCUACCAGUGUGGGAAGGAACCCCAGUUUUCUUGUCCGUGGUGUCCCCAUCGCACGUGGACCAAAGGGAACUUGAAAGCCCACAUGGGGGCGAAACAUACUCAGAAUAUUCUCGAGAAAGAUGCUUUGGAUAGAGCUUCGAGACGGCUGCUGGGGAUCCACAUCUGCGGCGGCUGCGGCAAGAAGUACUCCCGGAAGGACAACAUGACGAGGCACCAGCGCUACGAGUGCAACAUGGACCCUCAGUUCGCCUGUCCUCACUGUCCCUACAAGGCGAAGCAGAAGGGCACUCUCAAGUCACACAUGUACAGGCGCCACACCUGCGGGAAGUGCGGCAAGGAGUACACCCUGAAGCACAACCUGGUCCGGCACGUCCGGUUCGAGUGCGGCAAGGACCCGCAGUUCCAGUGUCCUCAGUGUCCGUACAAAGCGAAGCAGAAGGGGACCCUCAAAUCCCAUGUGCUGUUGAAACACAAAGACUUCCUGCUGACCUCAGGGGUCAAGUUCGGGACCAGUGGGCGCGCCGGCUCCAUCUGCUAG